GAGGGAGCACUGGCAGUUGCUGGGUAAUUUGAAGACUACUGUGGAGGGUUUAGUAUCAGCUAACAGCCCCAAUGUCUGGUCCAAGUAUGGUGGCCUGGAGCGGCUUUGCAGGGACAUGCAGAGCAUCCUCUAUCAUGGGCUCAUCCAUGACCAGGUGUAUUGCCGCCAGACUGAUUACUGGCAAUUUGUGAAAGACAUCCGCUGGCUCAGUCCCCACUCAGCCCUUCAUGUGGAGAAGUUCAUCAACUUGCAGGAGAAUGGCCAGAGCAGCACUGACGGCAUGAGUGAGCGUGCCGUUGCGGAGCUGUGGCUGCAGCAUAGCUUGCAGUGCCACUGUCUCUCAGCCCAGCUCCGACCUCUGCUGGGGGAUAGACAGUAUAUCAGAAAAUUCUACACAGAUACUGCUUUCCUGCUAAGCGACUCCCAUGUCACGGCCAUGCUCCAAUGCCUAGAAGCAGUGGAACAGAACAACCCUCGUCUCCUGGCUCAGAUUGAUGCAUCUAUGUUUGCCAGAAAGCAUGAGAGCCCGCUGCUGGUGACAAAGAGCCAGAGCCUGACAGCUCUGCCUGGUUCCACGUACACCCCUUCAACCAGUUAUGCUCAGCAUUCCUACUUUGGGUCCUUCUCUAGCCUCCACCAAUCCAUACCCCAUCAUGGCUCAGAAAGAAGAUCUACUUCCUUUUCACUCUGUGGCCCAUGCCAGAAACCUCAAGAAAGCAGAGGACAUGUCUCGCCAGCAGAGGAUCAAACCGUCCAAGCCCCUCUGCUUCCAAUCUCUGCAUUGGCCGGGGACUCCCCCUCGACCCCAAAUGAGAUGAGCUCCAGCACUCUGACCAGCCCCUUAGAAGCACCCUGGGUCAGCAGCCAGAAUGAUUCCCCAAGUGAUGCCAGUGAGGGGCCUGAGUACUUGGCCAUUGGCAACCAGGACCCCCGAGGCCGGACCGCCAGCUGUCAGAGUCACAGCAGCAAUGCUGAGAGCAACAGCUCCAAUUUGUUCUCCUCCAGCAGCUCCCAGAAGCCAGAUUCUGCUGCUUCCUCUCUAGGGGACCAAGAGGGAGGUGGGAAGAGCCAGUUGUCCAAUGUCCUUCGCAGGUCUAGCUUCUCAGAGGGGCAAACACUCACUGUCACCGGUGGAACAAAGAGGAGCCAUACUCGCUCCCAUUCGGAUACCAACAUUGCCUCCAGAGGAGCCCCAGGAGGCCCCAGGAGUAUCACCAUUAUAGUUGAAGAUCCCAUUGCAGAAUCCUGCAGUGAUAAGUCGAAGUUGAGAGGCCCCUUGUCCUACUCUGGUCAAAGCAGUGAAGUCAGCACACCCAGCUCUCUGUACAUGGAGUAUGAGGGCAGUCAGUACCUGUGCUCAGGAGAAGGCAUGUUCCGAAGACCAUCAGAGGGACAGUCCCUCAUCAGCUACCUGUCUGAGCAAGACUUUGGCAGCUGUGCAGACCUGGAAAAGGAAAAUGCCCACUUCAGCAUCUCAGAAUCCUUGAUUGCUGCCAUUGAGCUGAUGAAGUGCAACAUGAUGAGCCAGUGCCUAGAAGAGGAGGAAGGGGAGGAGGACAGUGACAGGGAGAUCCAGGAACUGAAGCAGAAGAUCCGCCUUCGUCGCCAGCAGAUCCGCACCAAGAAUCUGCUCCCUGUGUACCAGGAGACUGAGUAUGGAAGCUUUCGGGUCACUUCCAGCAGCUCCCAGUUCAGUUCACGUGAUUCAGCACAGUUCUCUGACUCUGGCUCUGCUGAUGAGGUUGAUGAAUUUGAAAUCCAAGAUGCUGACAUCGGAAGGAGCACACUCUCAAACGACAAAUCAUGUGUUUCCUCCCAGUCCUUCUCUCACUGCUUCCUACACUCCACGUCUGCUGAGGCAGUGGCCAUGGGGCUCCUGAAGCAGUUUGAGGGGAUGCAGCUCCCAGCCGCCUCAGAGCUAGAGUGGCUUGUUCCAGAGCACGAUGCCCCUCAGAAGCUUCUGCCCAUCCCUGACUCACUGCCCAUCUCACCAGAUGACGGGCAGCAUGCUGACAUCUACAAACUACGUAUUCGUGUUCGAGGCAACCUGGAGUGGGCCCCACCCCGGCCUCAGAUAAUUUUUAAUGUUCAUCCAGCCCCAACGAGGAAAAUCGCUGUGGCCAAGCAGAAUUACCGCUGUGCAGGAUGUGGCAUCCGGAGUGACCCUGAUUACAUCAAGCGGCUGCGGUACUGCGAGUACUUGGGCAAGUACUUCUGUCAGUGCUGCCACGAGAAUGCCCAGAUGGUUAUCCCCAGCCGAGUUCUGCGCAAGUGGGACUUCAGCAAGUACUACGUCAGCAACUUCUCCAAGGACCUGCUCAUUAAGAUCUGGAACGAUCCUCUCUUCAAUGUGCAGGACAUCAACAGUGCCCUCUAUAGGAAGGUCAAGCUGCUCAAUCAAGUCCGGCUGCUGCGGGUCCAGCUGUGUCACAUGAAGAAUAUGUUCAAGACGUGCCGACUGGCCAAAGAGCUUCUGGACUCCUUUGACACAGUUCCAGGCCACCUGACAGAGGAUCUCCACCUGUACUCGCUGAAUGACCUGACUGCAGCCAGGAAGGGAGAGCUGGGGCCCCGGCUCGCUGACCUCACCAGGGCGGGGGCUGCCCACGUAGAGCGAUGCAUGCUCUGCCAAGCCAAGGGCUUCAUCUGUGAGUUCUGUCAGAAUGCGGAUGACAUCAUCUUUCCCUUUGAGCUCCAUAAGUGCCGGACCUGUGAAGAGUGUAAAGCGUGUUACCAUAAAGCUUGUUUCAAGUCUGGAAGCUGUCCCCGCUGUGAGCGGCUGCAGGCCCGGCGGGAGUUGCUGGCCAAGCAGAGCCUGGAGUCCUACAUGUCAGACUCUGAGGAAGAACCCACCGAGGCCUUGGCCCUGGAGGCCGCCAUCCUGGAGACCACCUGAAGAAAGCACGUAAAGCGCUCUUCCUAGGGGCUAGGGUCACACAAAGUGCAGAACUGAGCCACCUUUUUAAGGACUUUCCCCACUUGUUUUUUUUUUUUAAUUAUUAUCAUCAUUAUUAAUUUUUACGACCUGUUUAAUGUCCAUGUACAGUCAACCUUAUUUAGGUUGGUGGGGUCCAGUCUGUUGUGACAAUUUAUAGGUACCAAGUAUUUCCAUCAGAACUGACACAUGGGUCCCUAAGUGAAGCUUCUGGUGCCUCUGUCAGGAAAAUGGACAGGGAGACCCAGUUCUUCCGACAUCCAUGGCCUUCUCCACUUGGACCAGAUCUGGUUUCAGCUGCAUCUCAAGUAUCAUUUCCAGUUUUAUUUUGUUGUAAUUCUGGAGCUUCUGAGCCAGGCCUUUCUCAGCGAACUCACUUCUCCUUUGCUGCUGAAACAGGAGGAUGGAGUUUUCUCUCUCCCAGUCCUGGAAUAGGGUCAGACUGCCCUGAGGAGAAGCAGCAGAGAAUGGGACUACAUCAUGGGCAUUCUUAUUUAGGUGUUUUUGAGGCCAUAAAAACAGCAUUAUUGCUACCUUAGAAUUUUCAGAGACCUCAAGGAGGCAGUGAUGACUUCCUUGUUUGAAAUAUUCUAGGCAUAGAUGAUGUCACAGCCUGACUUUCUUUAUCUACCCUGGGGGACUUGACACGAAGAACAGAACUGAUACUUAGACCAGGCCCAUUUCUAGCAUAACUGACGCUACAACCCUGUUGUUUAAGGAGCAUUUAUUCAGUCAGAGGGGCUGUUGGCCUCCUCUUAGGUGAUCAGGUCCCUUUUAGUCAACAUAGCUCUGGUGCAGGUUGGAUCUUUCAAGCUCAGGCAAGUCCCUGACACCAUCCUAAACUGAGGACAGAAACCCCAUCCACCAUUUUAUCAGUGGGUCUCUUGCCACUGUGUCCUCUGUUAGGUGGCCAGUGUGGUUCUGAGUAGAAGCCUGGCCCAACUCCGUGCUCUCCCUCCGCUCCUGAAGCACAGCUGGGACCCUCCCUGGUGGCUGAUCUCUUGCGUUAGUUUCUUUUGUCAAAGUUGAGGAAAAAGCUUCUUGCUACUCUUUAGCCUGGUGAUAUUCAUAUGUUCACUCAUCCUUUUCUUAUUACUAACUUUAACACACACACGCACACACACACACACACACACCCUUUUUUAAUGUGUGUUUUGAUGGGAAAAGUUUUUGCUGGGACCGAGUAUAUGUUUGUCAUAUUCUUUAAGUUGCUGUACUUCCUGACCUGUGUGUAAAACACUGGUCAGGAUCACUUGCUCUGAGGGCUGGCAGCUCUGUGAACUAAAGCCCAGAGCAGUUUUGUUUUGGGACUGACUUCUUCCUGGAUGCCUGUCUUUCCAUAGUUGGUUGCUUGUAAGAAAAACUUGCUGUGGGUGCUGCCCCAGGAAGCGGAACAGAAAGUUGCACAUGGUUGGUGGAAGCUGAUGAGUGCCUGAGUUGGAGGCAACCAGGAGUCUCACAGGAAGUCGAAGGGGCAGUAAAGUAAUAGCCAGAGCUGAGGCUCCACCAGGACAAGAGGGCGCGGGGAGGAAUUGACCUCUGGUGUUGGUCCCUCUGCUUCAGACUUGGGAUCUGAAGGCUACUUCAGGCUGUUCUCCCUUCAGUUCGCGGGUGGGGCGGAGGGGCUGUGAAAGCCAAGGCCUCCAGCCCAGCCCAGUUUUGAAGGGCGGGCUAGAAGCUCCCUUGUCCUUCAAGGAGCUUUGGGAAUGACCCUGUGAGACUCAAGUCUCACUGAGGAUUAGGCCUCGGAUUCAGACUAAGGGCUUUGUGAAGAUGGUGAGCUCUACUUCCACUUUUGGUUUAAAUUACACGUCUAGCUCCUUACUCCAAGUCACUACACUGGAGGAGAGAUAUACCCUUAUUAUUGUCGUGUGUGUUUCAUAUAGCAUAGGAUCAAAGGAUGGAAGAUGCUGACAUUGUUUCUAAAGCUGGGCUCAACAAUCUCACCCUCCUGGUUUUUCACUUAUUUUUCUCCACCUCUCUCACCGCAUCCCUUUAGGUUGCAUAUCUGUUUUAGUGACCCUGACACUGUGCUGUCAUCACUGUCCAAAUACCCAUUUAUUUAUUUAUUUGAGAGUCGGUGGGGAGAGGAAAGAGGAUGGGGCUUUUUGAAAGCACUUUGCAACUUAUCAGUAUCUGAAAAUCCCUGCUGUUGUGGGGAGAAGCUUUGAAUGCACUGAAGAGAGUUCCUUCUGAAUGAAAUGGGAAGGAAGAAGUGUUUUUUUCUAGAAAUAAAGGGAAAAAGAAGUUUGCUUACAAGGUGGAGACAAGAUUUAAGACAUAGCAGAAGAGUGGAAGGCAAAUAUUUUCCACUUAAAUGAGGCUGUUAUUGACUUUCUCUACCAAAGCUUUAGAGCUUCUGUUGAAUUAACAUAAAAGGAGCAAGAGUCUAAAUGGAGAUGUUCUGGGGUGUGUACAACUCGUGUUCCGAACUAGGUUUCUACCUGUUAUAAUUCAUACACAGCCUGACAGUUCAUUGUCGUCAUUAAUAAACUAAGGAAAUGAAAUUCUGCCUUUUAUUUGCCUGCCUUGACUAUCAGGAACUGGUAUGGAGUGUCCACUAUAAAGCAGGCGUGUCUGAAAAUUCAGGAAGUUUCUGUAUAUUAAUGCAAAGAAAACUGGACCUUACAAGUCAGGAAAAAUAGAUUGGAAUGCUUUGUCACUGACUUGCUGUGUGACCUUGAGCAGAUCACUUCACCUCUCUAGAUUUCUAUGUCUUUGUGUAUGAAGCACUUUGUGGCAUUUUCCAAUGCACGGGGUGUGCCCCCUACCUGUCCCCUUGGUGUAGCUGUCGCUUAAAGCGAGGUAAAUCUUCCUCUCCACAACAUAUGAAUUGUCUUAGAUGCUUCAGUUCCCACUCCUGUGAACAACCAGCUCUGAGUUUCUCUUUCAUGCUCCUGGCCCGCUGGAGCUCCAGCUCUACCCUGCAACUUUCUGAACACUUCCCCCUUCGAUGUCCCUUGCUUAGCUCCAACCAGUAUGUCUAAAACCAACAUAAGUAUCAUAUUUCCCCAAACCUAACCAUUAGUCACCCCGGUUUGAAAAUUUAGUUUCUUCCUCUCUGAGUCAGGUGGCACUUUUGGCUGGGAAAGCAUUAUCUCCUUCCCCACCCCCUGUCGUCAAGUUAUGUUGAUUUUUCUCUUUAAAGUAAAUGUACCUCAUUCCUUUUCUACCACUAGCACGCAAUUUCAGCUUCUUAUCUUAAAUCUCAACCAUCGCCAGCCACUGCCGUCUCUUCCUAUUUAAUCAUCCGUCUAAUACUUGGGUACCUACUGUGUGCUGGUUCCUGUGCUAGGCUCUGGGGCUAUCGCAUGGAGCAAAACAGAGACAGUCCCUGCCCCUUAAGGCACUCAGGGUCUUGUGGGGGAGACAGACAUUGCCCAAAGUUACCAAAGUGAAUAUGUAAUUACAAGCUGUAAUAUCUAUGAAGAAAAAGAGUCAAUGCAGUUAAAAAAAUAAAUAACAAGGAUACCUAAUUUAGAUUGGAGAGAAGUAAGGCCCCUGAGAAGGUGAUACUUCCACCAAGACCCCCAAAAUGAGGCUCAGAGUAGGGAGAAAAGGGCUCCAGACUGGGACUAGCAUAUACUGAUGGUCCUAAGACAGAAGGAGUUUGGGCAAGGAACUGCAAGAAGGACUUACUAAGAAUUUCAGAUUGUAUUGUAAGAACAUGGGGCACCAAAGAUUUUAGAUUUUAUUCUGAGAACAUUGGAAAGCCAUUGAAGAGUUUUAAUCAGAGGAGUGAGUGAUCUGGUUAAAAUGUCAGCAUCCGCUUUGCAGAAAAUAGAGUAAAACAAGAGUAGAAGCGGUAGAUAUCCUAAGGAGAUGGCUGCGGUAGUUCAGGAGAGGAAUUAUGUUCGUUUGGAUGAGGGUGUGGCAUAGCACUGUCACUGUCACCUCAUUAGCCCAAAACCUCUAAAAACAAGAUAAAUUCCAAAUGUUUUGUUCUGACUCUGACAUUUUUAAGCAGGGAGCAAAAGGCUGGGGGUGGGGG